UCUGAUCUGGCCUCAUUACUUCGCCAAACAGACUGUCAUCCCCGGCCCGAAGCCACAUUUCCUCUUUGGCACUAUGCGGGAAGACAGAGUAAAAGGCGUGGUGAGAAGUGACUUAGAAAAUCAGGCCAAAUACGGAACUGUGUUUUUGACGUGGCAAGGUAGGACACCAAUGAUUAACGUCGCGGACCCGGACAUAAUGAAAGAGAUCAUGCUUACAGACUUCUACAACUUCGCCAAUAAACCGAAUAACGUAGAGCUGGACAAAAUGAAAAGAAACGCUUUGCCGAUGUUGGAGGACGAUCACUGGAAGUAUAUAAGAAGCUUACUGUCACCGACAUUUAGCUCCGGUAAGCUGAGACAGAUGGCUCCAAUUUUACACGAAUGUAUUGGAAGGCUCAUGGUGAAGUUUGAACAAGCGGAAAAAACUGGACACGCCAUCGAUGUUUCUCAAAUUUACCCCAACUUAACGAUGGAGGUCAUCUUAGCAACAGCCUUUGGGGUGGCGGUCGACACACAUGCAAAUCCAGAUGAUCCGUUUGUGAAACAUGCCCUGGGGGUUAUCCAAGAAACCAAUAACAUCAAGCCGGGGGUUGCUUUAGCAGUGUUUUUCCCAUUCCUGAGGCCGGUUCUUCGCCAGUUCAAGGCUGGGGUCCUGGAGUUUGACCCAGACGGCCUCUUAUCCAGAUCUCUGAGUGCCAUCAUCGAUCAACGUAAACAAGAGCCACAGAAUACCAAAGUGGAUCUCCUGCAGCUAAUGAUAAAUGCUAAAGCCGAUGAUGUCGAAAAGCAAAAAGUGGAAGAUGGUCCAGAAGUGGACAAGGACUUUAUAGCAAAGAUGACCAAAAAGCGGCAGAGCCGAGGCCUGAGGGACAUAGAGAUAGUGGCACAGUCUUCCACCUUUCUCUUGGCCGGAUUUGAGACUACCAACACUUUGCUCACGUACUUGUCAUACCUGUUGGCUUAUUACCCGGAUGUUCAGGAGAGACUGGCGGAGGAAAUCAACGAACAACUGACUGGUGAACAGCCAACCUAUGACAACGUCCAAAAGCUGCAGUACCUGGACAUGUGUGUUAACGAGUGCCUUCGCCUGUACACGCCACUUAUGAGAAUGACACGCAAGACGAAAACGGAGAGACUUCUGAAAGGUUUCCUGUUCCCAAGAGACAGUGCCAUUACGCUUCUUUUAUAUGCUGUCCAUCACAACCCUGAGUUCUGGCCCGACCCGGACACCUUCGACCCGGAAAGAUUCUCCCCAGAGAACAAGCCGUCCAUCCGUCCGUUCACGUUCGUGCCGUUCUCUGGUGGACCUCGGAACUGUAUCGGUAUGAGAUUUGGACUGAUGGAGGCCAAGAUGGCGCUGACGUCGGUUUUACAGCUGUACCGCCUGGAGUUAGCCCCUGACAUGAAGGACAAAGUUCCAUUGCGUCCUAAAGGUGGCAAUAUGAUGCUUGGCACGGUACCAACUGUUUUAACUGUCCACAAGCGAUGAGGCAGUCACGUAAAGAAUCCCCGGGAGGAUCGGAAGCGUUUACGGAUGAAAAGGAAUCUGAUGACAGACAGGCACGUGCUAUACAGGCAGACACAGCUACUUUUAAAGUUCCUCGCUUAAAAAGAGGGAAAAUACAACAAUGACGGAACUGUAUCGUAAUAUUCAUAAUUAGAGAUCGACAUAUUUGCUCUACAUACUUGCGUGCAAAUCUGACACAGCUGAUGUAGGAGGUUCACGAAGGGACUGGUUGUCGCUUUCUUUGAUAAAUGCUUCACUCACGUGCAGCACGCGUAUUGUACAGUGAAGCUAGUCAAUUAGUAACGUACGGCGUCUUUAUGAAGGUGUCAGUUUUAUUUAUUCAGUCUGUCGUGAAUUCAUACAAUCCUAAAAAAUCAGUCUAGUUGUCUUUCAUAUAGAAACUGGAGUACCCCUGGAUGACAAGGUUAACUGUUAACUGUUUUCAGUGGCAUUUAGAUGUCAUGUGUAUUCUGACAUUUGCAACUCCAGUUGUUAUAUUUAAACCCAUUACUCCAGAGGUGUCAGUCACUUUAUAAUGAUGUUAGUAACUAUAUCGAAACCUUGUGUUAAUAAACCCAAGAAUUUGUAUAUCCAUAAGGAACAUUGUAUUAAGGUUAAAUGGUGGUAUGUCCAAUAAAAUUGAACUACCCGAAUUUA